UUUUCUCCUUCAAUAUAUAGCUGGUUCUUAUAAGUUUCAGCUUUUAUCAGAUCGUCUCAUUUCUACUUUUACUUCUUCAUUCAUUCCUCAGUCCACUGCAAAAAACAAGGUUCUAUUAUAACUAACAGAAUAAAAUGAGAAGAUUGUAUCUUUAUUUCUGGGUUUAUGUUAUUAUUAUUAUUGUUAUUAUUAUUAUUAGUCUCUUGAGCGUUCCACGUUUGUCGCUGUUAAGUAGAAAUAGGCCAAUAGAGUAAACAAAUAAUAAGUAAUUAAUUAAAAUUACCAAAAGAGAAAAGUUCCUUUCUUUUUAAUUCUUAACUCAUAUAUUUGACGAAUUCCUUAUUAAUUCUCAUUCAGUUCAUCGUGGGGUUGUAAAGUGUGCUAAAGUUUCGCGUAUCAUUAGUAAAACGGUUACUUUUAUUUUCAUAUAUAAGGAAAGUUUUCAAUACUUGGCAUCCUAUUUUAACUUCUUAUUAUUAAACAGUUAAUUUUUUCUUGUAUUUACAAAUACUUGUAUUAUAAUGGGGAGGAAAUGGUUUGAGAGAUGGGUUAUGGUAGAAGCAGUUGUUGAAGUGAUUAGUAUAAUUAUUAUGAUGAGUUGGUGUGUGGAAGGGGUUGGAGUGAAUUGGGGAACACAAGCUACACAGCAAUUGAGAGCAGAUACAGUGGUGCAGAUGAUGAAGGACAAUGGAAUAGAGAAAGUGAAACUGUUUGAUGCAGAUGGAAGAAUCAUGAGUGCACUUGCUGGGUCUGGGAUUGAAGUUAUGGUUGCCAUUCCCAAUGACCAGCUUGCUGCCAUGACUAGCUAUGAUCGAGCUGUUCAGUGGGUCAGAAAGAAUGUUACCAGUUACAACUUCAAGGGUGGAGUUAACAUCAAAUAUGUAGCAGUUGGGAACGAACCAUUCUUGAAAUCAUACAACAAUUCAUUCUUGAAUGUGACCAUGCCUGCCCUACAGAACAUACAAAAUGCCCUUAAUGAAGCUGGCAUGGGGGAGAAGAUAAAGGCCACAGUGCCCUUAAAUGCUGACGUGUACCAAUCCCCACAGAACAACCCUGUUCCAUCAGCAGGAACUUUUAGGCCUGACAUAUCAGAUCUCAUGACACAAAUAGUGCAAUUCUUGCACAACAACAAUGCACCAUUCACCGUUAACAUCUACCCAUUCUUGAGUCUCUAUGGCAAUGAUGAUUUCCCUUUUGACUAUGCCUUCUUUGAUGGGGUAUCCAACCCCAUAAACGACAAUGGGGUUCUUUACACCAAUGUCUUUGAUGCAAAUUUUGACACCUUGGUUUCUGCUCUCAAGGGGGUUGGGUAUGGUGACAUGGCAAUCUUGGUUGGAGAAGUAGGGUGGCCCACAGAUGGAGACAAGAAUGCCAACGUGGCCAAUGCUGUAAGGUUCUAUAAUGGACUUCUUCCAAGGAUUUCAUCAAGUAAAGGUACACCUCUAAGACCAGGGCACCUUCAAGUUUAUCUCUUUGGCCUUAUUGAUGAGGAUGCUAAGAGCAUUGCUCCUGGCAACUUUGAGCGUCAUUGGGGAAUAUUCCGGUAUGAUGGACAACCUAAGUUCCCAAUGGAUCUUUCUGGUCAAGGUCAAAACAAAAUAUUAGUGGGUGCUAAGAAUGUGAUUUACUUGGACCCAAAAUGGUGCAUGUUCAAUCCAGAUGCCACGGAUCUUAGCAAACUAGCUGAUAAUAUAAACUAUGCUUGCACAUUUGCAGAUUGCACUGCAUUAGGAUAUGGUUCUUCAUGCAACAAUCUUGAUGCUAAUGGGAAUGCCUCAUAUGCAUUUAAUAUGUACUACCAAGCGCAAAAUCAGAAUGACAUGGCUUGCAAUUUUGAAGGCUUAGCCCAAAUUACUAUGAAGAAUAUUUCUACUCCCACUUGCGACUUUAUUAUUCAGAUAAACCCUUCAUCAUCUUCUUCUUUGACACCCUCAUCAGCAGUAGCUUUCUUAUUUAUUGCAUUAGCCAUGAUUCUAUUUUUUUAG